AUGGCCCGCGACGCUAUCGUGCACGACGUGGAUCUGCCGUCGCUGGAGUACGACGACGAAGAGACCGCUUACAUGUCCACAGAGACUCCUAGUUUUGACGUGGACGACGCUACGCUGGGCAGCACGUUCGUCAUCGUUGACGAGGACGUAUCCGAUCCGGACGACGACGAUGGAGUCGGCGAAGAGGACGACGUCUCUCCGCUGGUGGCCCGGACGGCAUCGACCUCGGCCACCGAUUCGCGGUCAUCGUCCUCGACCACUGGCAAGGUCAAGUUCAUGGACAAGAUCAGAGACCACAAGAGCUACCAGAAGCUGGCGAGGAUCGUAAAAAAAAAAGGUGAAGAACCCCCAGUAAUCAUGUCGCCAGAUUCAGGAAUUAACGAAUUGCAAGGUCUUAGCCUUGAAGAACAGGAAAAGCAGAAAGAAGAAUGGCAACAAGAGCUGAAUAAGGUCGAAGAAGAAAUAAAGACAUUACGUGAAGUGCUGGGUUCAAAGGUGAAAGCAUCUCAAGAGCUUAGACGUAAGCUCGGUUAUACUGUUUGGCAAGAGAUUAGUGAAGAUGUGUCACAGAGUUUACGAAACGUUAAAGAGUCAAAUGUUUAUCAAAAUGUAGAGGACAAAUUUACCCAAUUUGGAAAAGCUGUUGUUGACGCACCAAUUUAUCAAAAUGUAGAAGGCAAAGUUAAGCAGUUUGGAUCAGCGGUCACCGAAACGCCUAUCUAUCAAAAAACUGAAUCUGUAGUAAAAACAACUGCAGAGAAAGCUACAACAAUAUUUGGAGGAUUUGGUAGUGGUCUCACAACUAAACUUGGCCAAAUUAAGAACUCCGAAUCAUUCCGUUCUUUUGAAGAAAAAGUGGGUUCAGCUUUGGAAAAUGUUAAGACAAAAGUUGCAUCUCGAUCCAACUCAAUGCAGAACUUUGAUGAGAUAUUGGAGGAAGAAACUCGUUUGGCAAAUGAAGAAAAACGUUCUCGAGAAGAGCGUGAGGCAGCAACAAAAUAA